GCCACUUCAUUUGCAACAGUUACAAAAGAUUACAGUGAAAACUGUAGAAUAAGAUCAUGUCGGAUUCUUGUCUCUUUUGCAAACAAUACAACUAAUUGAGGCAAGGAUGGAAUGAACAUUCCCAAUCUGUUUCUAACAAGUAACAGCAAACAACCCAUGUUUCUUCUUCUUCUAUUUUCUGGCUUUUCUUACAUAACCCACAUCACAUCUCUCAGCCAACACCUUUAUCUGAAGAUUUCAGCUUCACUACUGACAUAACAAUAACAGUAACAAUAAUAAAGCUCGAAUCUUUCAUUGUAAUCUGUUAUUUUUUUCUCAAUCUUUUUGUUGUUUUCUUUUGCCUCCACCUUUUUCUUGUACACUUCUUCUUCUUCUUCUUGGUUCUUUGGUUCAGAUCUGAAGUUAACUGCAAGUGUAUGAUGAGGAUUCAAGGAAGAGUUGCGUCUGGGUUUUCGUAAUCUUUCUUGGUUCAUUGCUUUCUUGCCUCUUAGAAAUGAAAGCCCGAUUUCCAAGAUUGGUUUUUCAUGAAGGUAAUUAGCUUGAUGUUUGUGCUAGAAAUUUGAAUGCACUUCUCAAGUUGUUUAAACUUCUUGAUUCUGAAUUUUUAUUUAUGAGAGAGGCUUCAUAAUCAAAUUUUUGGAUAUGAAAUUGGUUGGUGAAUGUUUUUGUUUGGGAUUUUCAUGCAAUUUAUUAUAGUUUUUAUCUUUAGCAAAUCUAUACCCUAGAAGAAUCUCAUCUGGGUUCUGAGUACAAUGGAGAAGAUCCAUAAAGGAGAGGUUUGCUGUCUUGUAUUGCUUGUGACAAUAUUCAUAUCUUUUAAUAGUGGAGAAGCUCAGUCGCAAUCUUUUCUCAUAAAUUGUGGAACAACUAUUAGUGUCACUGUUGAUGGUAGGAGAUGGAUUGGUGACUUGGUUCCUAAUAACAAUGUCACUCUUGAUUCUUCCACUGUCUCUGCCACCACCUCUGCUGCAACUGGUGAUUCUAUCUUUGGGCCACUGUAUCAAACUGCUAGGAUUUUCUCUGAUGCACUCAAUUACACAUUUAAAGGGAUGCAAGGAAAUUACUUUGUUAGGCUCCAUUUUUGUCCAUUCCCUUUCGAGAAUAAUAAUGUCAAUGAAUCCUCCUUCAGUCUCAGGGCUAAUGGUCUGAAAUUGGUAUCUGAGUUUAAUGUUCCAGGCGAGAUUUCACACAAGAAUUUGUAUGUUCAGGGCUCUAGCAGCAAUUCAAGUUCUUUGUUCUUGGUUAGAGAGUACAUGCUAUUUGAUUUGGAUGCACUUUUACUCGAGUUCAUUCCAUCAAAAGGGUCAUUUGGAUUCAUAAAUGCCAUUGAGGUUGUUUCUGUGGCGGAUAGGCUUUUUCAGGACUCGGUUAGUAGAGUAGGUGGGAAUGAGGUGAAUCUGAAUUUGAGUGGACGGGGGAUCCAAACUAUGUAUCGGUUGAAUGUUGGAGGUCCUGAGAUCAAAUCCAAUCAGGAUUCAGAUUUUUGGAGAAUGUGGGAAGUGGAUUCUAGCUACAUGAUCACUGAAAAUGCUGGUUCUGUCAUCAAUAAUAGUUCAAAUAUCACCUAUGCUUCAAAGAAUGAUUCCUCAGUGGCUCCUCUUCUUGUUUAUGAAACAGCCAGAGCCAUGUCUAACACUGAGGUCCUAGAAAAAAGGUUCAACAUGUCAUGGAAAUUUGAAGUGGAUCCUGAUUUUGAUUAUUUGGUUCGACUACAUUUCUGCGAGCUGCAGUAUGAUAAAGCAAACCAAAGGAUUUUCAGGAUCUACAUAAACAACAGGACUGCGGCUGAUAAUUUUGAUGUUAAUGUGCGAGCAGGGGGGGCGAAUAGAGGGUACCAUCAAGAUUAUUUUGAUGCAGUGUCCUCCAAAAUCGAUACACUGUGGAUUCAACUUGGUCCUGAUACUGCAGCUGGUGCUUCAGGAACUGAUGCUUUGCUGAAUGGGCUUGAGAUUUUCAAGCUGAGCCGAAAUGGGAAUCUUGCUCAUGUUGAGAGGUUUGAUUCAACUGGCAAUCGUGUGAGAAAAUCAAAAUAUCAGAUGCUGUGGGUGGGAAUUGGAGCAGGUGUGGCUUCAGUUCUUGUUCUUGCAGCUAUAUGUAUUUUCAUCUUGUGCUUCUGCAGAACUCAUAGGAAAGAAUCGAGUGACACUAAAGAAAAUGUUACUGGGUGGCGGCCACUUUUCCUGCAUGGUGCUAUUGUAAGUAGCAUUGGCAAUGCCAAGGGAGGAAGCCAAAGUUCACAUGGAUCUACUGUGAGAAUUGGCAAGCGGUUUACACUGGCAGAAAUUCGUACAGCAACAAAAAGUUUUGAUGAUAGUUUGGUGAUUGGAGUUGGAGGAUUUGGCAAAGUAUACAAAGGGGAGUUAGAAUAUGGAACCCUUGCAGCAAUUAAGCGAGCAAACCCACAAUCUGAGCAAGGCCUGGCUGAAUUUGAAACAGAGAUUGAGAUGCUUUCAAAGCUCAGGCACAGGCAUCUGGUCUCCUUGAUUGGAUUCUGUGAAGAACAAAAUGAGAUGAUCUUGGUUUAUGAGUACAUGGGGAAUGGAACUCUUAGAAGUCAUCUUUUUGGGAGUGAUCUACCUCCACUGACCUGGAAGCAAAGAUUGGAAGCUUGCAUCGGUGCUGCUCGGGGACUGCAUUACCUUCAUACAGGAGCAGACCGGGGGAUAAUUCACAGGGAUGUCAAAACAACUAACAUAUUGCUUGAUGAGAAUUUUGUAGCAAAAAUGUCUGACUUUGGGUUGUCAAAAACGGGUCCAGCUUGGGAUCAUACCCAUGUCAGUACAGCAGUAAAAGGGAGCUUUGGAUAUCUUGAUCCUGAAUAUUUCCGUCGACAGCAGUUGACUGAGAAAUCUGAUGUCUACUCUUUCGGAGUAGUGCUGUUUGAAGUUGUUUGUGCUCGAGCAGUCAUAAAUCCGACCUUGCCAAAAGAUCAGAUCAAUCUGGCUGAGUGGGCAAUGAGGUGGCAACGGCAAAGGUCACUAGAGACCAUCAUUGAUCCACGAAUGAAAGGAACUUACUGCCCCGAGUCGUUGACAAAGUUUGGAGAGAUAGCUGAAAAAUGUCUUGCUGAUGACGGGAAGAAUCGGCCAACAAUGGGAGAAGUUUUGUGGCAUUUAGAAUAUGUUUUGCAACUGCAUGAAGCUUGGGUUCGCGCCAAUGUUACAGAGAACUCCUUGUCCAGUAGUCAGGCUAUGGAGGAUGUAGAGGAGAGAGUACAAGAAAAGGUACAGGGGCAGGAAUCUAUAAAUGAAGAGACUGGUAGACCUCAAAGUGAUGGUUGAUGGAGAAUCAACUAAAAUGGGUAUUGGCAAAUCAAAUGCUAGAAGCUGAUGUGUAGCCAUUAUAUCAGUUACAAUGUUUUUCUUAUUGUUCUCUAUUCUUUUAUUUUGUUCUAUCAGAUUGAUCAAGAAGAAGGGCUUGAAAUGUACUAUAGUUAUCAUAUCCAUAUUAAAGCUGAUAGUGAUUACAGGAGUAAAAUAUGACAUGCUGUUGAUAGUGAGUGUUUCCUCAA